GUAAAACUGUUCACCCUUCACCCUUCCUCAAUGAACCACCACCAGAAGUAAAAUAAUUGUUUCUUUAUUACCAGAAAAGUGGAUAACUAAUCAAGUGGUAAGUUUUAUCAAUUCCACAUUUCGGCAACGUUGUUAGCUUGGAGUUGCUAUGUGUAUCCAAAGGCAAGUUUUAUCAAUAAAUUUGUCAAAAAUGGUAUUAAUUACGGAAGAAUUAGUUAGGAAAAAAUCCGAGCACAAUGAAGGUAUUAUUGGAACUUUGGAAGAGCUCUCCCUUCAUCAAGAAGACAUUGAAAAAAUCGAGCACUUGAACAACUGGUGCAAAAACCUACAAAUCCUCUAUUUACAAGCCAAUCAAAUAUCGAAAAUCGAAAACUUGAACAAACUAAAACAACUCCAAUACCUUAAUUUAGCCAUAAAUAACAUUGAGAAAAUCGAAAAUCUGGAAAGAUGCGAAUCCCUUAACAAAUUAGACCUGACGUUAAACUUUAUUGGAGAUUUGGAAUCUGUGAAAAACCUCAAAAGGAACAUACAUUUGAAGGAUUUGUAUUUAACUGGAAAUCCAUGUUGCGAUUACAAAGGCUACAGAGAGUACGUGAUAGCGCAUUUACAGCAACUUCAAAGCUUGGACAUAAAGCAAAUUACUAAAAGCGAACGCAUUAAAGCCCAACAAAGACUCAAAGAAGUUGAGGAGCAGAUUAAAAGUUGUCAGACCAAAUACAGAAAAUUCAGAGAAGAUCAAAAAGUGCGCCAAUUAAUUAACGACACUUCACGAUUGAGUGAUGAAGAAUUUUGGAAAACUGUUGGAGAAAAUAGUCCAGAAACGCGACUUGAAAUCGCUAAAAGACAAAAAAAAGGUGAACAAUCUAGUGGAGCUGUAACUGAAAAUAUAACGAAGAGAACUGUUAGGCUUUUCAAUAAAGAUGGCAUACCAUUAAAUGUAAACCAAGCAAAACUGAAUUUUACUUUCUCUGAUGAAGAUCCCGAACAUUUUAUCCUGGACGUCGCAUUGUACAAAUAUCUGGACACUAAUUUAGUCGAUGUGGAUUUACAACCGAUUUACGUAAAACUUACCGUGAAAGGCAAAAUUUUCCAAAUAGUUUUCGCCGAGGAAAUUCAUGUGGAUAAAAGUAGCGCGCAACGAUCCCAAACAACAGGUCAUUUGGUAUUGAAACUACCCCGACUGAACUACAAGCCGUUGAAAAAAUCAAUUCAUAAAGAUGAAAAUCUAAAAACUGAGAAGCGGGUUGAAUAUUUGGAAGUUAGCAAGCCAAAAGAAGAUAUGGAUUUUAGUAAAAUUGUUGAAAAUAUUAACAAGAAAAAGUGCGAUUUUGUUGAUAACCCUGAAGUACCGAUGUUAGAAUAUGCUUAGAAAUAUUUGGAUAAUAGAG